AAUGGGCCAGUGCUGUCAUUCAGAACCAAAAAGAGAAGGAAAUGAGGUUGGAGAUAAGGUCACAGGGCAAGCCUUGUUUGACCAGAUUUUGCUUUUAGAAGAGGAUACAGAACUUCCAGGAUUCAAAGAGCUUGUUGGGGGUUGUAAAGAGGAGCUAGGAGAGGAUGAUGGGCUAUUGUUUCAUGAUCCCAGACAUAAAUCGGAGUUUGAUUUAGUGUGUCAAGGGUCACCUUCUGUUUCUCAAAAGAAGGUUCCUUUGAUAAGGAAAUCAAGCAUGUAUUACAAAAAGAUGAGAACUCCUAAAUGAAACAAGAAGACUGGCUCGAUGAAGCCUUUAGAUUUUUCAAAAAUAAUCAGUCCUCAGAGUACUCUGCCAUCAACUCUGGAGUCUUUCUCACAAUCGUGCAAGAGAAUCCAUUGAAGAAAAGUAUCAAAUUUUUCUCUUGAGUCUCCAAUACAAAAAUCUGGCUACAAAAACUGAGAUAGCCUUGGCCAGGUUAAUGAUCCAUCUUCAAGACCAAAAGUGUCCAAAAACUCGGAUAAAAAGCUAGACCUGCUCCUUACAGAAUGUCUUGAGGAGGAGAGUGUCUCUUCUGUCCAUAGCGUCAGUGAGGACUAGCCAUAUCGUAUCUUAAUUUUUACUUAGAAAUUCAUAAAUUCUCGACUUUGUAGCUUUACUUCUGAUUUUCCUGGACUGAAUAUAUUUUCUUUUUUGUGGCAGAAUGCAACUAGGCAAAAUCUCGAUACGUAGAGUUUUUGAUGAACCUAGACCUUGUAGAAUUGCUACCAUAUCAUUUACACUUGAGAUUUGAGAGACUGAAAUUAUGACUUUAUGCUCGAUCAAGGAAACAAUGGAUAUAAUAAAUUACUGGGUUAACCUAUACUGACAACCCUCAUGAAAUCAAGAAAAUUUACACACAAGGAAUGCUAAGGUCUUAGAAUAAAUAUUGCCACCUUUCAGGAGGUUUUUAAACAGGAUGUAAAGAUUCCUGAUUCCUAAACUGUAUGCUAGGUGCUCUGAAACUUCAUUAAAAUUUGCAGCCUGAGCAAAAC